AUGCUGGAAGAGUUUUGCAUUUGGGCAGGGAGGAACGCCGUCUCUUCGAACGCAGGGAAGAUCUCCUCGCUGUCACUACGCAAAUACGUGGCGGGGUUGAAAGCCUGGCACGUGUACCACAACGCGGUUUUCCCGACAAGAAACAAGACACGCGUGGACCUGAUCCUGAAGGCGUCGAGCAGGGAAGACGAGGCGGCGACGAAGAAGCCGCCAAAGGUUCCUAUAAUGUUUUGGCACAUGUCACAUCUGUGGCUGAGUCUUACGAAAGGAGACGACUUCGACAAGGCACUACAGGACAUGGUAAUAGUAGCCUUUUGGGGUCUGGCCAGACUGGCAGAACUGACUUAUAGUACAGAAACCGGUGAUGUGAGUUUCGUCGACUUGUUGUUAACCUCGGAUGUAACAUUAGGAGCGGACACAUUAUUCGGGGAGACGGUCACUCUAAUGCUACGUAACGCUAAGACCGGGCUACCUGGGGAACCUCAGUUGAUCACGCUGGCCAAACAGCGACACAUACUGUGCCCAGUCCUGGCCAUAAAACAACGACUAUCUUCGGCUGAAGGGGCAAGGACCUCUCUAUUCGGCUACGGGGCGGUAUAUCACCGGCGACACCUGACCAGGAAGCAGGCUGUAGCCCGUUUGGAAACAGUUUUAGAGAAUGGCGGUUACGCAGGCCUCAUGGGACACUCCUUCAGAGUUGGCGGCGCAUCAUUCUGCGCGGCUUUCGGGAUGUCAAUUUCCGAUAUCUGCCUCUUGGGCAGAUGGAAAUCAGACAGCUACAAGCUGUACCUGAGAGAUUAUUCUUCAGACGAUUUGAAGAAAACAAAAGCUUUGGCUCUUCGCGGCGAGCGCAAGACCCAGUUUUUGAGCAAGUGUCGGUAA